UAAAUUCUGUUGUCUAACAAUGAACUUGCAUUCUUCUGUAGUGAUUCAUGUUGACAUUGAUUACUUUUAUGCACAAGUUGAAGAAGUUUUGAAUCCAAAUUUAAAGGACAAGCCAUUUGGAGUGCAACAAGGACUGAAUAUGGUGACAUGUAAUUACAUUGCUAGAAGCUUUGGAAUUAAAAAGUGGCGACCAGUGAAGGAAUGUUUGGAGAAGUGUCCUGAUUUAGUUCUUGUAAAAGGUGAAGAUCUAAGUGAAUAUAAAAAGUUUUCUAAGAGGAUCGCCGAACUUUUGCACGAAGAAUUUGGAUCAACAGAAAGAAUGGGAUUGGAUGAACAUUACAUGGACAUAACAAAACUUGCUGAAGACAAACUUGCGCUUUUAACAGAUGAAGAGUUAACAAAUAUUCGUUUUGCUGGUCCUUUUUAUCCCAACGAAGAAGCUUUCAGUAAAUGUUCAUGUGGAUGUGAGAAUCGACUGAUGGUGGGAAGUCAAAUAGCCCAAAAUAUCAGAGACAAAAUUCUAAACGAACUCAAACUCACAUGUUCUGUUGGAAUAGCUCACAAUAAACUCUUGGCAAAGCUUGUUGGACAAAUGAACAAACCAAAUAACCAAACAGUUUUAGCACCAAUUGCAGCUGCUGAGUUUAUGGCUGAACUUAAAGAAGUUCGAAAUAUAUUCGGCGUUGGUGGCAAAACUGCUGAAAGGAUCGAGGAACUUGGAAUAAAAUCGAUUUCCGAUCUUCAAAAUUGUACUUUCGAGAAGUUGCGAAAUUAUUUCACUCAAGAAACUGCAGUGAGACUUAAAGAAGCUGCUUUAGGAAUCGACAAUUCAGUUGUGAGGCCUUCGGGAAAGCCGAAAACUGUUGGGUUGGAACAUUCUUGUCCGCCAAUUACAAUACGAAGUGAUGUUGAAAAAAUGUUUCAAGAUUUACUUCCACAGCUUGUCGAGCACAUUGAAAACGACGCAAGGAUUCCUGAAGGUCUCAAAGUCACAAUCAGACAAUAUAAUCGCGAAAAAAAGGCUAGUUUUAAAGAAACAAAGCAAUGUGUCCUUCUUCCAUCUUAUUUUAAACAUUUCGAUGAGAAAAUAAAACUUUCAGACCAUGCACAUGAUCUAAUCAUGAAGAGCGUCAUGUCGACAUUUGAUAAAAUAAUUGGCAAGGAGAAGUUUUAUAUUAAUUUAGUUGGAUUAUGUUUCAAUAAAUUUCGAGAACUUAAGCGAGGUACAAGUUCGAUUGAAAGUUUUUUAAAGAAGAGAAAAAGUGAAGGUGAAACAUCAGACGAUAAUGACCAAAGUCCACCAUCAAAGCGACAGAAAAUUGUCAACAGGAAUUCAAUUCCAGCAAAUGUAGAUCAAAGUGUUUGGCGUGAUCUUCCCAUAGAACUUCAACAAGAACUCAUGCGAAGUUGGCAAUCUUCUUCAACCAAUGAUAAUUCAUCUGAUAUGAUAAAAUCUUCAACUUUUGCUUCGGAAUCUUCUCAGGGUUUAAAAUUGAAAUCAAAUGGCAACUUAAAAAAUGUGAAUACUUUGUACAAUCAUUUCAACAAAAAAUAGAACAACUGAAAAUCUAAUAAACUUUCAUUUCUAAAUCG